AUGCCUUUAAAGGAAGGAUCUUUCGUGUUUACCCUCGAUUCUGCAGCCAUGGCGGUCCAAUAUCAACCAGCUCAGGUGGUGACGGUCACCUCCACCAGCCAGGGUGUUGGGACCUGGAGCACCGGCCUCUGUGACUGCUGCUCAGAUAUGGGCACAUGCUGCUGUGCUCUUUGGUGUUUCCCCUGCAUGCAGUGUCAGACGGCCAGUAUGUACGGCUGGUGUUGUCUCUUGCCGAUGUGUGACACCUGCGGCGUGGUGUCCUGCAAACUCCGGUCCAACAUCAGGGCGCGCUACAAUAUUCCUGGCUCCUGCUGUGACGACUGCUGUAAGCUCAUGUGGUGCUACACCUGCGUCUGGUGCCAGAUGCAUCGAGAGCUGAAGAACAGGGCCCGGCAUCCGUCUGGCAACACCGUGGUGACCACUCAGAYCAUCCAGGGUUAG